AAAAAGGAAAAAAAACAGACGAAGCGAGAAGCUCAGGAGGGACGAGGAAGCGCUUCUUUCACGGAGGAAAAAAUGACCAUCUUGUGCUUCAAUUAACCGCUUCUUCCACCCUUAAAGAUGCGAGCGUCACCCUUAAGGCUCGUUUCUCUCGUCAGCGUCACCGGAGUGGUGUCUGGACAUUACUGUGAGUGGGAUCUCUGUGACAGUGAACAAUAUUGCUGUGGUGACAAUCUCUGCUGUGAUUAUGUAUACAGCCUUUGGUAUUUUUGGGUAGGUGUUGUGUUUUUGAUCCUUCUGUUGUCAGCAUGUGGAGGCCUCUUCCGCUACUACUACAGACGAUGGUACACAGAGGGCAGUGGUCUACCUUACAUACCAUUCCCAGCCAGUCCGGCCUACAGUUCACUUCCAACUCAUAUAUCAAAUCAAGAGCCACUUUUCCAGAUUACCGAUGAUGGUAAAAAGACCGAGAUGUGAGUGACUUCCUCAGCCACUGUCUUCCCACCUGAUCUCAAGUUUACCUCAAGUCACUGCAAAACGUAUCACAAGAAUGGAAGGAUCAGAAGAAGAGUUACCGUGGCGGUUUAAUGGCAAGUGUGUUGGUGAAUAUGUCAGAUCAUUUUGUUUUAGAGAUUCCCAAAGGCUUCAAGCUGUGAAUUUUAUGUAUUUUAAUACUGGCAUACUAUAAGAGAGUAGUGAGAAAUAAUUUGUGUUCAUAACAAGAGUGACAGUCAUAAACCAUUGUGUGUUGUGUAAGUCCAAAAGUGACAUAAAAUUGUGGUACAUAUAUGAAUUUUACUGAAUAUUUGAUUUUUCUUUUGUUUAUUUAUAUUUAAGGCUUAUGUCUGUGACUCAGAAUAAAGGCAUAUAAUAAUAUCUGCUUGCCUGUUAACUAUUUCUGGUAUUACCAUUCUGUAAGUUUUAUUACUAACAUAUCUUUAGACGUAACAAAUUUCAUUGUUUUGUGUAUUCAUCUCUUCCUUACAUGUCACAAGUAAAUAUGGUAGAUUGUUUAAUGACCUGUGUCCUUUUUUUCUGUUGGGUGUAUUCUUAAUACUCUAUCAAGUAUAUUGUGGAUCCAGUGUAUUGCAAAAAGAUUUAUAGUCUGUACUCUAUUUUGUAAUGAUUUGGUACUUUUGUGGAAAGAAAUGAAGUGUAUUUUCUUUCUGAGAGACUCUGUCAGAAUGAAGUUUAUUGAGGAAUUCUUUUAUGAUGUAUGCAUGAUGUCUCUCUCACAAACUCUCUGAUGUACUGUCUCUGACUCGGUCACAAAUUUUACAUCCACAUGCUCAUGCACAUGGAAGUGCUGAAUCACAGAUGCACACAUAAACACACAAACAUACACAAACACACACAUAAACUUAUACAAACACACACACAUAAACACACAAACAGAUGAGCACACACAAAUAAACUCACACAGAUAAAACACAGUUAAACACACAAACAGAUGAACAAACACAAAUAAACUCACGCAGAGGAAACACAGAUAAACACACACACAUAAAUAUAUGCACAGAUAAAUACACCCACAGAUAAACACACAAACAGAUGAACACACAUAAAUAGACUUACACAUAUAAAUAGACUCACACAUAGAUGAAACAUAUAAAUUUACCCACAAAUAAACAAAAACAAACAAACAAACAAACACCCAAACAAACAAAUAUAAACACAAACAAAGACACACACAAACACAAAGACAUACACACAAACACAAAGACAUACACACAAACACAAAGACAUACACACAAACACAAAGACACACACACACAAACACAAAGACACACGCACACACACAAGGACACACACACACAAAGACACACACACACAAAGACAGACAGACACACACACACACACACAAAGACAGACAGACACACACACACACACACAAAGACAGACAGACACACACACACACACACACACACACACACACACACACACACACACACACACACACACACACACACACACACACACACACACACACACACACACACACAUAUUGAUAUAUAUUAGUUUCCCUUUGGCAUUCAUUUUUCAUAAAGUGUCUCAUUUUAAGUAAACAUGAGAAUCAUUAUGUAAUUGUGGAUGUGGUCUAUUUACAAACAGAUUGAUGAAUAGUUGUUCACUGAUAGAUGUAAUGGAAGUUUUGGUAAUAUGAAGGGAUGACAUACUACAUAAAAAUGUUACACAAGACUUACACUUGUUACAUUAAGAUUUUUGACCAAAUAAUCUAAGUGUCGCACUUGUUGUACGCAGCAAUAGGUGAAUGUGUGGAAAAACGAAGAAAAUUUGUUGACCAUCAUGACUGCUGAUAUAAGCAAAUUUUCAUUUCAUGUUUUAGUAUAAGGAAAAUAUGGUUAUGAAAAAACAUCGUGGAACAAGAAAAAAUUUAAAGAAAGGCAUUGCUUAGAGGCAUAAUUUUGUUCUUUGUACAUGAAGAGUGAAAAACACAUAGGAACAGACUUAGGUAAUUGCCAAGGUAAAUUGGAAGACAUUGAGUUAAAUGAGAACUUGGGCAUUUAAUGGUGAGUUUGCUUUAAAGUUUUUUUUUUUUUUUUUUCUUCUCUUCAAAAUAUGCCAAGAUUUCUCUAACAACAGUUUGUAUUGCUUAUAAGUUAGCAGUCUUUUAUCUCAUGAUUAUGUAAAGAGAAGAGGUAGCAUCCAAUAUUUUGGAUUAAUGUUCGAUCCAAACUCAUAAACAUGCUUUUAUAGUAUUUAGUGCAAUGUCAUCAGAAUUUUGCUUUGUAUUUUCAGUUUUAGAGAAAGAAUAGCCUUGGAGAAUAGAAGAAAAAGGAAUGUAGUGGAUACACACAUUCCUCUCAAAAAUCUAUUAUAUUUUCCUUUAAUUUAUAAUUUGCUUUUAAGUGCAGUCUCAUAUAGGAUAAUUCUUUUACCUCAUUCUUAAUUUUUAAGUUUAUUACCCUUUGAAGCUAUUUGACUCUAUUAGCCUCAGGGCUCACAAAAUCACUAGCUUGAAGUUCCAGAACUAGCAACAGGCUAGUCAAAUUCAUUUCAUGCAACUAAAGCCCGAAGAAUACCUGCCUCAGAGGCUGUCAGGGAUUUAGAAAUUUUGUGAGCAGUGAGGGUAGCCCAGUUAAAUGUAACUUCUUAUUUACACACAUAUACACUUACAGACACAGGUAUAUGUAAACCAAUAUGCAGAGACAGUCAGAAACACAGAUUUUUUAACACACACAUACUGAAACCUGAAUAAAAGAGAACAGAAAAUGAAUAUACAAACAGACAAAAAAAACAAAUUGAGAAUGAGAGAAGGGAAUGUCAAAUUAUAUUUUAUACUUUAUUGGCAUAUUUAGUAAUUAUCAUAGUUUUCAUAGAAUUUAUUGGAAAUUGUAAUAUAUGCAGAAGGAAAAAAAAGAGGUUAUAUAUUUUUGUUAAAUAUUUUGUAAGCCUUAUUUUAAUUUCGUGAAUGUGAUAUUUUGUAAUUGGUGAUAAUAAGAAUAAGGUCUUGUGUGAAUAGUCAAUAGUGGGUUUAAGUUUUGGUUCUCAUUAUUAUAAAACAAAAACAAAAACAGGAGAACUGUGGUUGAUUCAAAGCAAAAAAGCCCAUCUUUCAUUAUCAUUUGUUAAAUAGACUUAAAAAGUUUAGCAGUUGCUACUGCCAGUUCUGCAACAUUAUGUGGUAGCAGUAGUAGACAAGAGGUUCAUGUUUAGUUCACUGUAAUAAGGAUGAAGGUAUGUUACAUGUAUAGUUGCCAGUGAUUUCUUACUCAUGUUUAUUUGCCUUUGUUUUUCGUUUUUUUCUUUUAAGUUUUAGAUAUUCCUAAAAUGUGUAAAUGUUUCUUGAAGCUGUACAUGUUUCAUGCUUGAUAUUUCCUUAGCACCCAGUAAUUUAGUUGCUAGUUUUUUAUGGUACAUUUGGUUAAUGGAAGAAUAAGUAUGCAUAACAUAAGGAGCUGAUGGUAAGUAAUAACACCAAAACACAUAGUUACCUUUGAAGGAGUGAAUUAUAUAAUACAGACAUACUUUUAGCUACUAAUGUUCAGAAUUUGAAGAUAGUCUAAGUAUGACUUCCUUUAGUUUUUGAAUGCUGGAAGACAUAUCAUUGAAGUAAGUAGGCGGUUUAUUUUUUAUUACUCACUGAGUUAAUAAAAUAUUGAUCAAGAGGUGAAUUUAUGUAACAUUUCUUCCCCUUGGUAUUCAUUAUUGAUUUUAAUGUUCAUUAAAAAAAAAUCCUGUAUGGUUGUGAUGGAAUCUAUGGAAGUUCAUUAAGAAUGUUAAAUCAUUACCGAGGCAAUAUUUGAAAAUCAUUGUAUUUUGUUAACUAUAUUGUCAAUUAAAAGUUUUAUUGAAA